UCCAUCCCGGUCUGCAGGCCCCGCCUGGUCUCGCCGCUCCCUUACUUCCGUCGGCUGUUAGCCGCAGCCACGAUAAAUCGAUCCUCAGCUCUGCGCUGGCACCUCCAUCAUGUCUUUCCAGCGAAGCUACCUCGACCCCUCCCCAGAUUUGUCGACUCCACCCCCGUCACCGUGGCGGGCUCGCGCGGAACACAUCCGCCGCCGUCCGAUACGCCUGAGGCAGGCCGCCUUUCUCUUGACCGCGUUCACGAUCCUCUGCACGUUCGUAUAUCUCUCGCGGCACCGUCAGAGCGACUCCUACACGUAUGAUGACUGGAUAGACAUCGCGGACCGCCGCGUGCCCCUUCAAUCAUUGCAAGAGCCCAACCUACCGCUGCCCCCACAGAACGGACACGACCACCGCCCCCAACACGUUCCUGGCCGAACACCACAGCUUAUAGAGGACCAUGCUAUCCGACCCCAAGUUGACGUGUCCAAACUAGAUCAUUCCGAUACCCAUGCUGAUGCUGUCGCUGUCGCUGCUCCUGCUCCUGCACCGGAGCCUAUCGUAUUCUCCCUUAUCAUGUUCUCGGAAGAUUCUGCUAAUGAAGGUGCUAUACUGAUGAAGUCUAUCCUCAUGUACACUAGCAAACCUGUCGAAUUCCAUGUCAUUUGCGAUGAAGGCGCGCAAGCCUAUCUCGAGAAGCGGAUCCGACUCAUUACACGCCCGACGCGCAAUAUCCUGGUCCGGUUCUAUCGUCUAACGUUCGACGACAUGAAGAGGCGCAUUGAGCGCGAGGGUGCGAUCGUGUCUGACCACUCUGCCGGGACCCCGGGCCUCAUGAAACUCUUCAUACACGAAAUCCUGCCCGAGUCCGUCUCGCGGGCAGUCUUCAUCGACACCGACGCGUUCUUCAUCACCGAUCCAGCGCUACUAUGGGACCGCUUCUCGUCCUUCAAACCGGACACGGCUGUCUCCAUGCCCUAUCAUCCUGACCAGUCCAACGAGGGGUGGCACCACGCCAACCGGAUCUGCUCCUGCAUCAUGCUCCUCGACCUCGCGCGCCUCCGGAAGUUCCGCCUCAUGGACUCGAGCGCGUACCGCGCCGCCGGUGCGCCCGCGCUCGCGCCCGCAGCGUUCGAGGCGAUGUUCGGCGCGCCCGGGGACGACGGCAAGUACGAGGGCGUGAAGCUCGGCGACCAGGGCUACUGGUGGGCGAUCACGUCGCAGAUGCCGAAGGUCUUCGAGCACCUGAGCUACGACUGGGAGAUGUCGAGCUGCCUGAUGGACAUGUACGGCACGGGCCUCGGGGAUGACGCACGGGGUCUCGAGGAGGAGGGCAGGCGCCAGGUGCAUACGCUGGACACGCCGCAGGAGGGCGAGACGGUCCUCCCGAAGAUGCUUCAUUUCAACUGCCUCGAUGGCGCGCCUAAUUACUACGAGUGGGACGGCUGGUCCGACCCGCAGAACAGCCUCGGGCAGAGGUGGCAACAUGCCGUGAAGUAUCAUGCCGGCUUCAAGUGGCUCUGGCUCAACGCCCACAAACCGAUGGGCACGCUCACGAUCGAGACACAGGAAAAGGUCGUCUUCGCAGACGAGCUGUUUGCGCAGCGACAAGCCGUCGGUCCCAGGGAGUCUGCGUAGUCUAAUUUAUUCUUACCACACUAGUGUGAUAUAUAGUCCACCGCAGGGUAUGUAAUGGAUCGAGUUGAAUCAUCA